AUGAAACCAGUGAAUGGGUUCAGCUGUGUGCGGGCAAAACUCUCAUUGCUCCCAUGCUUACCUUUUCUCACUACGAAUCAAGAGAGCCCAUCAAGUGCUUGUUGUAAUGGGGUGAGGAAUGUGAGAGCUUCAGCACCUACAAAACCUGAACUCCGUGAGGCAUGUAAGUGUCUUAAGGCAACUGUCAAUGAAACUCCUAACCUAAACAAAGACAAAGCUGUUCAACUUCCUAAAUUAUGCAACGUUGAUGUUGGUUUUCCCAUCUCCAAAGACAUUGAUUUUGCAGCCAUGAAACCAGUGAAUGGGUUCAGCUGUGUGCAGGCAAAGCUCUCAUUGCUCACAUGCUUACCUUUUCUCACCACGAAUCAAGAGAGUCCAUCAAGUACUUGUUGUAAUGCAGUGAGCAAUGUGAGAGCUUCAGCACCUACAAAACCUGAACUUCGUGAGGCAUGUGAGUGUCUUAAGGCAACUGCCAAUGAAAUUCCUAACCUAAACAAAGAUAAAGUUGCUCAACUUUCUAAAUUAUGUAACGUUGAUGUUGGUUUUCCCAUCUCCACGGACAUUGAUUGUAGCACGUAA